GGAAGGUAAUACAUUUACCUAAUCUCCCUUUUCAGAAGUCAUUCAAAACUAAUCUCAUGCAAUAUAACCUCUGAAUAAUUUUAUUUGAUAUUGUAUUUCUUCUCACACAUCUGCAUGGGAUGAUGCCGUAAGUUAGGUCUAACUCAAACGACACAAUAAAAUCUGCGCAGUAAAAUGUAAAAUAUGUCUCAAAUAUAAGGUAGGGGAGACUCGAACAGAAAGAACCAUAAAGGCAAAAGGAAUCAGUUGAAAGAAAAAUUAUUUCAAAAUUCCCGCCACUAUUUUCUAUUUACUUCUGGCAGAUACUGUAGUUCUCCAGGGCUUGAUUUGAUACCCAUCCCGAAUAAUGGUUUUCAAGUAUAAACGAAAAACAGAAAGAGCCCAAGGACGGGACGAAAACGUAAUGAAUCGCGCAAUAAAUUCAAUUAACCAAAGAGAAACAUCUAUUCGCGGUGCCGCUCUGCAGUUUAGAAUAAAUACCAUAUCCCACUUUACGAAAACAUUUUUUAAAGCAGCCCUCCAAAAAACAACGGUUUAGACUAGUUUUUUCUGGCGAUAUAGAACAGCAACUUGUACAACAUAUUCAAGAAAUGGACGCCCGUUUUUAUGGGUUCACAAAACAAGACUUAUGCAUUUUAGCAUUUGAGUUCGCAAAUCGAAAUAAUUUGCCACAUCAUUUUCGUAAUGGAACAGCUGGGGAGCAAUGGUACUCAAAUGUUAUGAGGCGAUAUCUCGAAUUAAGCCUUAGAACUCCAUAACCUACAAGCAUUGCCCGGGCUUGUGGAUUUAACAGGCCCCAAGUGCAGUUAUUUUUUGAUUAUUUAAAUAAUAUAAUGAAGAAAAUGUACCAUGCCUCGACUGUGGAGAUAUUUUAGGCAACUCUAAGUCUGGCGAAACAUGGAUUGAAUGCAAUAUGUGUCAAAACUGGGCUCAUCAAUUAUGUGCUGAUUACAACAGAGGCAUAUAUAUUUGCGACAAAUGCAAGUU